AUGAGUCUCCUGGGGCGGGUAUCUGUGCAUCGUGCCAGGAAAGCCGCCCUGCUUUGUGUAGUCUUCCUGAUGGCGCGAGCAUGGAGCAGCGCCUCCCUGGCCUUGGCAGGGGCGGCGGUGUCUCAAGGACCCCAGGGCUGUCCGCCACAGUGUUCCUGCAGUAAUCAGCAGGGGAAAGUGGUGUGCACCCGACGGGGCCUAACCCGCGUGCCCCCUGGGAUUCCGGCCAACACGCGACACCUCAAUCUAAUGGAAAACGCCAUUGAGGCGGUGCAGGCUGACUCGUUCCGACAUCUGCACCACCUUGAGGUGCUCCAGCUGGGGCGAAAUGCCAUACGGCAGAUUGAGGUGGGCGCGUUUAAUGGACUGACCAGCCUCAAUACACUGGAACUCUUUGACAACCGGUUGACAGUGGUGCCAAGCGGGGCGUUUGAGUACCUGUCCAAACUAAGAGAACUGUGGUUGAGGAACAACCCCAUCGAGAGUAUUCCCUCCUACGCCUUCAACCGGGUGCCCUCACUCAUGCGACUGGACCUGGGAGAAUUAAAGAAACUGGAGUACAUCUCAGAAGGAGCUUUUGAGGGCCUACAAAACCUGAAGUACCUCAACCUAGGAAUGUGCAACAUAAGGGGUGAUAUGCCAAACCUGACUCCCCUAAAGGGCCUGGAAGAACUAGAGAUUUCAGAAAAUCUGUUCCCAAUGAUUAAGCCAGGCUCAUUCAAAGGUCUACGCUCUCUAAAAAAGCUAUGGGUGAUGAACUCGCAAAUCACAGUCAUAGAACGCAAUGCUUUUGACGACCUAUCUUCAUUGGUGGAGCUCAAUCUUGCCCAUAACAAUCUGAGUGCUGUGCCACAUGAUCUGUUCUCACCACUCAAGUACCUGGUGGAGCUCCACCUUCACCAUAACCCUUGGGACUGUGGCUGUGAGGCUGUAUGGUUAGCACGUUGGUUGAGAGAGUUCAUCCCUACCAACUCAACUUGCUGUGGACGAUGUCAUUCUCCUGCCACCAUGAGAGGACGACAGCUAGUUGAGGUGGACCAAGGUGAGGGUGCAGCGGUACAGUGCUCCGCACCGUUCAUAGCUGAUGCACCCCGGGACUUGAACAUCUCGGCAGGGAGAGUGGCUGAGCUUCGUUGCCGCACAGCACCAAUGUCGUCAGUGCGUUGGCUUCUGCCCAAUGGGACUAUUCUGACACAUGCCUCUGGUCACCCGAGAAUAUCAGUCCUCAAUGAUGGUACCCUAAAUUUCUCAAAUGUUCUGGCUACAGACACAGGAACAUAUACCUGCAUGGUAACCAAUGCAGCUGGGAACUCCAAUGCCUCAGCCUACCUCAAUGUGAGUGCAGCUGAGCUUAACACAUCCAACUUAAGUUACUUUACUACAGUGACUGUGGAACUUCUGGGUCCAACAACUGAGAUGCCAAAACCUAAGACUACCAUGACCACUGCUGCUGCUGCAGGUGCUGGGGUUGCUGGAGGAGGAGGAGGAGGAGUAGGCCUGGGGACAACAACUACAACUGCCUCUCCUUCUGUUUUUCAGCCAGUUUUCAUCUCAACACCAACUGUGCUGUUGCAAAACACUGACAGUCCAGCAAGUCCAGCAAAGCCAUCUGUGUUACCAGGUAUCCGAGGUAUCCCUGGAAAGCCAGGGAAGUCUGGCCCAAGCCUCGAUGAAGUGAUGAAGACCACUAAGAUCAUAAUAGGUUGCUUCGUUGCAGUAACACUGUUGGCUGCGGUCAUGCUAAUUGCCUUCUACAAAUUAAGAAAGCGUCAUCAACAGAGAAGCACAGUGGCAGAUGCUCGUACAAUUGAAAUUAUACAGGUGGAUGAUGAGGACCUUCCACCACCUGCAUCUGCAGCCCAAGAAUCAUCCCUCACAUUGCCGGAAAUCCGGGACCAUAAUAACAUACACAAACUGGACUUUAUCAGUCACACAACUGACUACAGUUUUCACAAACCCAAGGCUGAAUACAAACCCCAACCUGACUUCACCCUACACAAGCCUAAGGCUGAAUAUACGACAUACAAGCCAAACAUGGACUUCAGCAGCCACAAAUCAAUUGCGGACUACAGCACACACAAAUCAACACCAGAUUUUAGCCUUCACAGACCAAAGCCUGACUGUAGUCCAUUUAGACAAGACUACAGCACUCACAAGCCUAAAUCUGAAUACAGCCAAUUCAAACCAGAUUACAGUACUCAUCCGAGGCAGAGAACAGAUUUUAGUCCAUUCAAACGAGACUACAGCACUCAACCGAAACCUAAACAUGACUACAGUCCAUUAAAGACUGACUACAACACACAACAUAAGACUAAAGCUGAAUACAGCCCGUUCAAGCCCGACUUUGGCACUCACCCAAGACCCAAACCAGAUUACAGUCCAUUUAAACCUGACUACAACACUCAACCUAAACCUAAAAUGGACUACAAUUCCCAGAGACCUAAAACAGACAUUGCCUACAAAACCAAGGACCAUUACACCGUCCAUAAGACAACACCCGAUUACAGCGCCUUCAAGACUGACUUCAGCCCCCACAAAGUGGAUUACAGCGCCUUCAAGUCUGACUUUAGUCCACACACUCAAAGACCUAAACUUGAUUACAGUCCUCAUAAAAUGGACUAUAGCCCUAAUAAGGCGGACUACAGCACUCUAAAGCCUAAAUAUAACACCUACAAACCGACUGGUCAUGGGGCUAAAUGGACAGACAACAAUGUUGGGAACUCUUUGCCGCGAACGCUGCCCAGCACCAUCACUGCAAUGGCUGAGCCCUAUAUCAUAAAAACUCACACCAAGGAGAAGGUACAGGAGACUCAAAUUUAA